AUGGCCCCUGACCCACCUUCCUUCACGAAACGUCCGAAUAAUCAUCUGCACCCGCCUCCGAUGACUCAGAAUGUGAAUUUGACCCCCGCGCAGGUGAUCGCCCAGGCGUGGAACAGAGAAUCCCAAGAAAGCCAGGAGCAGUGGCGAAUGGCAGAUGCGAAGGCCAGGCAGCAGUACACCUCUCCGCACGUCUGGGCCAAUGCGAGGAAGGCGGCGAGCAAAGGAAAGAUGUGA